AUGAUGUUGACCUGCAAGUCCUUGUACAACCUCGGCCCCAAGUUUCUUCUGCAGCACGGCGCCUCAAUCACAACAGAGGACUCCCUCCGAAAACUCGCCGUCUUCCUGCGCGUCGACCACUACUCGCGCUGCCACCAUCUCCAUGACCUGUCCGUGUCCUAUCUGUCAGCCCACACUUCUGCCUUUCUCUUGGACAUCCUUUCCCACUCAUCUCGCCUCCGCACCCUCUGGCUCACCGCCCCCGAGCUUCUUUUCCAAACUCAUACAGAUCUCCCUGCCACCAUCGCCUCACUGCGUUCUCUCCGCUCUCUCCAUAUAAUCCAUGCUCAUGAGUUCACCGUAGAGCUUCUCCGCACCCUGCAAUCCGACCUCGUCUCCCUCUCCGUCAACUUCCUCAGCGAAUACGGAGAUGGAAGCACAUUCUGGGACACCACCGAUCCUUCCCAGUGGUGCGACUACCAUCCUGUUCCCCUUCUGCAGAGCGUCGCAUCUACGUUGGUGGACUUACACUGUGAAGUAUGGCACAGCAAUCCGGGACCGCUCUACGGGUUCACGAUCCCUACCUACGCGCAGGUCUACCCCAGGAUGCGUCGCUUGACCAUCGAGCUCUGCGACUAUUCUGUCUGCCUACCGUUCAUCCGCGGCUUCCCAGGCCUCUCCUACCUCUCCGUCAGCACAGACCAUUACGAUGAAUUCAAACACAACGGCCUCACGGAUGCCUUCUGCGAGCACCGCGAGGCGAACAUUCGAAGCCAACGCAAUAGCACAACGACUUGGCAGCAUCUCGAGGAGUUCUCGGGGUCCUUGAUCGACUUGUACAUCCUGGGGCUGACUUGCCACAUCGCCCGUCUCUCCUUGAUUCGUCCUAACGACGCCAGACACCUCGAGCUGCUGCACGACAUCAUCCACGUCGCGCUCGAGGACGCACAGGCCGAUACAGACUUUCUACCUGCCCUGGAAGAGCUUACGGCGGCGCUCGAACGUCUCCCCAUACGGCGUCUCCGCAUCCAAGUCCAGCACCUUUUCUGCUUUACCCCUCCUCCCGAAAGCUUGCUCAGAGCCGGGCCCCAGGACUCUAGCCCACCGCCUGCUCUCUGCGCUGCGGAGCUCUCGCUCGAGGAAUGGGACAUCAAUUGCGCGUGGGUGCAGAGGCUCGCCCACGUCGUACCGACCCUCGAAGACGCUGUGAUCUCGGUGUCUCGUCAGCGAUCUGGCGAGGAUGAGCUUCCAUUCCGGAAGGCGACUCUGCCAAGGAACGACGUGCGCCAUGACGGGGAAGAAACUUAUCGCGAGUUUCGUCAGUAGCUUCCAUACAUGCGCCGCUGCUCGCCCCAGGAGAACAAAUGGAGGCACGUUCUGCAUGACGGACUUUUGAACUUUGGAGGCGUUUGGGCGAUCCACCUGUAGCCUACUCUUGCAGAAGUACAUCAAUGAGGAAGUACAUCAAUGAGAAAUGCUUACGCACACCCAC